ACCCCUACUUCCCCCUCCCUCCCUAUUACUACCACCUUCCCCCUCUCCCUCUCCUCCUCCGCCUCCCAGCGACCUGCACGCUCCCAGAUCCUUCGUGCAUUCCUCCUUCCUCCCGACCCGAGUGCAGGCUAACUAGCUGGUAGGACGAACGAUGGGCGCUUCUGCAACUGCCGGGAUGCAGAUGGUGGCUGCACGCCCCUGCAUGUCAUCCUCCCAGGGAAUGCUUGCUUCCAGGGCAGCUGUCUCUCGGACUGCCCACGCCCUCAGCAGCAGCAGCAGCACUGGCUUUGCAAGCUGCCCCAAACUCUGCUACUCCAGCCCUCUUGGCUCUUCAAGGCGAAGUGGUGUUGCCAUAAGAGCAAUGGCCAGCGGAAGUGUCCCACAAGGGCUACCAAUUGACCUUAGAGGUAAAAGGGCAUUCAUUGCUGGAGUUGCUGAUGAUAAUGGCUACGGCUGGGCCGUUGCAAAAGCUCUUGCUGCUGCUGGUGCUGAAAUUCUUGUUGGUACAUGGGUGCCUGCACUGAACAUUUUUGAGACAAGCCUAAGGCGUGGAAAGUUUGACGAAUCACGAAAGCUGCCUGAUGGAUCUCUUAUGGAAAUUGUUAAAGUCUAUCCACUCGACGCUGUCUAUGAUUCCCCUGAAGAUGUUCCUGAAGAUGUCAAAGGAAACAAAAGGUAUGCUGGAUCAUCAAAUUGGACUGUUAAGGAAGUUGCUGAGUCAGUCAAGAAUGACUUUGGCAGCAUUGACAUACUGGUGCAUUCUCUUGCUAAUGGUCCAGAGGUAACAAAACCACUGUUGGAGACAUCAAGAAGAGGGUAUCUUGCUGCAAUUUCAGCAUCAAGUUACUCCUUUGUUUCUUUGCUUCAGCACUUCCUUCCUAUAAUGAAUCCAGGUGGUGCUACCAUCUCUCUAACAUAUAUUGCAUCUGAAAGGGCAAUUCCUGGCUAUGGUGGUGGCAUGAGUUCAGCUAAAGCAGCUCUUGAGAGUGACACAAGAGUACUUGCAUUUGAAGCUGGAAGGAAAGGCAAAAUCAGAGUUAACACCAUAUCUGCAGGUCCUUUGGGAAGCCGAGCUGCCAAGGCAAUUGGAUUCAUUGAGAAGAUGAUAGAAUACUCUUAUGUUAAUGCACCGUUGCAGAAAGAACUGUUGGCAGACGAAGUGGGUAACACUGCAGCAUUCCUGGUGUCUCCAUUGGCUUCUGCCAUCACUGGCUCGACUGUUUAUGUUGACAAUGGACUCAACACAAUGGGACUUGCAGUUGACAGCCCUACAAUAUCAUCAUAAGAGUUGUAUGGUAGAUAGAUGGAUUUUCCUGCUUCAUUGCGGCUUGAUUCUUGAAUAAAUAGCUUAGUUAAUAUAAGAGCUAAGAGCUAAGAGCAGGAAAAAAAAAAGAACAGGAGGAUGAACUGGCUUUUCUCAGACUUACCCCUUGGAGAAUAUAUUAUCCAUUUGGUCCUUCACAUUGGAGUAAUUUCUGGUCUGGGGCACUCAAGCAAUAUUACUGGUGGUUUGCAACGAUGCAAGCAGCCAGUUACCCAUUUCUUGUGCUGUAUCUUGAAAUUUUCAUCACUGAUAAUGUGUUUCUUCGUACAAA